CGAUCCCACCACGAUCCAAGUAUGUAGUCGAUGGAGUGGAAGAUUUAGUUCAGGGAAACUUCAAUGUCGCAACAGAUGCAAACAUAACCCGAAAAUGAGGGUGGUGACACCAAGGACAAUCACAGACACGAAGAUCUCAAGCACCACCAAACUCGAUGUACUCCUGUCACCAGCGAUACAAGAUGAAUCAUCUUCUGAAUUAUUGCGAUCGUUGCUGUUUUGGAUAACAGCAUUUGCUUCGUCGCAUAUUGGCAUGUCCGCGAUACGCCAAAUUCUAAUAACCAACGUUUUUGGUCAAUUUCUCGCGAACGAUAUCCUAGGCAUUGUUGGAACGGGGAAGCUGAGAUUGCCGGAUUUUUGGCCUGGCGACUUAUUGGGAACCAACGAACUAUUUCCGGAUAUUGAAACUGCUGGACGACAACUCUAUCGACUUUUUUACACGAUGGUAUCAUUUGUAACGCUAGGAACGUCCUUCUCGAUCUAUUUAGCCCUUGGCAGCGACCGUUCAAUCUAUGGUAACAGCAUGGAUCUUGGUAUAGAAUCAUGGAUGGUUACCAUCCCAUUUGCGGUGGCAGUUCUAUCGGGGGCCUUUUCCUUGACCUCCUUGGUCAACGCAUCGCCUCUAGGUCUCAUGCCGUCCUUUCGUGCACAGACAGGCGAAGAGACUAACGACGUCGGUGCUGCCACGGUACCCGCCGGAAAUACACUUUUGGGGAUAACGCGGGAUGACGAAAUGAAGUUCGAUCCGAAGGGUCUGACCCGCAUUACACGUCACCCGUUGAUCCUUCCGGUUGUCCCUUGGGGUUUUGCAACGGCUGUCUUGGCUGGAGGACGACCAGCGGAUGUCAUAUUAUUUGGCGGUUUAUCACUUUAUGCCAUUGCGGGUUGUUAUUGCCAAGAUCUACGCGUCUUGCGAGAGGAAGGAUCUGUUGGAACCACAUUCUUUGGUUCUGACGAAAGCAGGAUUAUUAAUAAAAAACUGAAGAGCUUUUACGAUCAAACAUCCUUUCUUCCCUUUGGAGCAGCAGUGGAUGGUCGGCAAUCGUGGGACUCACUGACUCGAGAAUUUCCGAUCCUUCCCUUCCUGAUAGCAAUACCGUUCUCUUUUACAAUCGAAACAGCGUUUCUUCGAUUUCUAGGGGUCGAAUACAACCUUUUUUGAUAGAACCCAUGUAAUAGUCUUAGAAUAUUGGAUUAGAAUACAAAUAUGGUCAUCGUGGAACUUUAUCAUCGGAUUCAACAGAUUUAUUUUGCAGAAUCGUCUUCGUUAGGAAGAAUUUGAACUCGAAAGUCUGAAACUGGCAGAGCGAAUCGAAUGAGUCCUUUUUCACAAACUACUCACAAAGAACAAGUCCGCUGAACUUCUGACCUCCCACUUUCAGUAUUCUUCUUCAACUGUAUUCGCUCCUACAAUAUAAAUGCCAAUCAUUG